CGCCGCUAUCUGUUAACAUCCGCUGAAUCUUUACUAGGUCACUGCCUACGCAAACCACUCCAGGGACUGAAAACUCCCGUGCGCGAUGGCUGGAAACCUCCAACUCUUUGUCGUGUCCAUCCUUACUGCAUUAUUUGCGGCCUACAACCUAUAUCGCCGUAAUCAAAUAUUUGUCCGGUUCCCUCCUGGCCCGCGUCGACUUCCAUUGUUUGGAAACCUCACAGAUCUCCCUACGAGCCAGCAAUGGGUAACUUAUGCGAAGUGGAGAGGUCAAUAUGGUGACCUCAUUGGCCUUGUCGUGCUAGGGCAGCCCAUCGUUGUCAUCAACUCCAUUCGGACUGCAUUCGAUCUCCUCAAUAAGCGAGGAUCUAUAUACCUUGACCGCCCCGGAUUCUCGUUGAUACAAGAAUGGGGUGGAUGGAAUUGGAUGCUCACAACGAUGCAAUAUGGCGAGGAAUGGAAAUUGCAGCGCAAGAUGUUCGCGCAGCAACUGAACCCGAAGUGCAUUCAAGAAUUCCAUCAUGUCAUCUAUGUGCAAGCAGCGAAGCUGGCUUCAAGGCUAUUAUGUUCGCCAGAAAAAUUUCAGGACCACACAAGACUGUUUGCUGGUGCAAAUAUCCUAAUGAUCACUUAUGGUCACGAAGUUGUAGACAAUGAUGACGAAUGGGUCAAGUUGGCGCGAGACGCUAACGCAUCUCUAGAAGUUUUAACGAACGUUGGGGCGCAUCCUGUUGAUAUAUUUCCAUGGUUGCGGCAUUUUCCGAUGAACAUUUUCGGAGGCAAAUUUGCGCGACAAAUGCGGCAUAUGCGAAACUUGGCGGAGCAAUUAGUUGAACGACCAUACACUGCUGUGAAAGACGAAGUUCUUUGUGGCAGAGGCCUACAUUCAUCGAUGGCGCAUCGUCUCAUUGACUCAUACACCUCUGCGGGCAUCACGGCGCAUGAGGAAACCAUUCGAGGUGCAUUAGCAGGUGUUUACAUCAUCAGCACUAUCGAUACUGCAAUCCUUGCUCUCAUGCUAAACCCCGAUAUUCAGAAGGAAGCACAACAUGUUCUCGAUGCCGUCCUUUGUGGUCAGCGGCUACCAAGUCUGGAAGAUCGACCUAAAUUUCCAUACGUCGAUGCUAUUUUGCGAGAGACACUAAGGCAGAUGUUACACGAUGAGGCAACAUACCCUAAUCACACUGAGUUCUCUCCAAAGCGGUUCUUGCGCGAUGAUGAGACGUUGUGUGAUGAUAUCCUUGAUCCACGUGAAAUUGCCUUCGGGUUUGGUCGUAGAAUUUGUCCAGGAAGGCAUUUGGCAGAGUCGUCGCUCUGGAUAAUGAUUGCAAUGAUCCUGUACCUCUUUGACCUCACCAUCCCACUGGAUGAGAGGGGUGAACCGAUCCGCCCGGACUUGACAUACAUAUCAGCGCUCAUUAGCCACCCAACCCCCUUUCAAUGUAUUUUCACACCCCGUUCCCAUACUGCAAGGUUGCUGUUAGAUCCGAAAAAAUGAAUUUACGUGCCUGGAUACCUGGCUGCGCACAUAGAAGUGGACGUACUGUACGAUUACAACCUUAGGUUCGUGCCAA